GUAUGCUGGAACUUGCAGUGAUCCCCCUGCCUCAAUGCUGGGCUCACAGGCUUUCUGUUUUGUUAACGCCUCACAAGCAGCUUGGCUCUGUGGAAGUCCUCAAGACCUCCCUGCCGCCUCAAACCAAUGCUGGCCCUGUGGAGGUCGACCUACAGGAGGAUUAGCGGUUAAUCUGGCUUCUGGGGUUCCUAUUCCUGGGGCUCGGGGAGCCCAGUGCGCAGGCUCCGGGCCACAGCAGAUCCCUCUCCUGGGUCCCCACACACUGCUGCCAUGGCCUCCCUCUUCUCUGGCCGCAUCUUGAUCAGGAACAACAGUGACCAGGAUGAGGUGGAGACCGAGGCCGAGUUGAGCCGCCGGCUGGAGAAUCGCCUGGUGCUGCUGUUCUUCGGCGCCGGGGCCUGUCCCCAGUGCCAGGCCUUUGCCCCGGUCCUCAAAGACUUCUUCGUGCGGCUCACCGAUGAGUUCUACGUGGUGCGGGCAGCACAGCUGGCCCUGAUCUACGUGUCCCAGGACCCCACGGAGGAGCAGCAAGAGCUGUUCCUCAGGGACAUGCCUGAGAAGUGGCUGUUCCUGCCUUUCCAUGAUGACCUGAGGAGGGACCUCGGGCGCCAGUUCUCCGUGCGGCGUCUGCCGGCCGUCGUGGUGCUCAAGCCGGGUGGCGACGUGCUGACGAGCGACGCGACGGACGAGAUCCAGCGCCUGGGGCCCGCCUGCUUCGCCAACUGGCAGGAGGCGGCCGAGCUGCUGGACCGCAGCUUCCUGCAGCCCGAGGACCUGGACGAGCCCGCAAGGCGCAGCAUCACCGAGCCUCUGCGCCGCCGCAAGUACCGCGUGGACCGGGAGGCGGGCCGGGGCCGCGGCCGCAGCAGCCACGACUCUGGUGACCCAGGGGAUGCAGGUGCAAGGGCAGAGCUCUGGGGGCCCCCAGGGGAACCCCGCUGCAGGGGCGGGGCUCUGGUGACCCCCAUGGGUACCUGGGUGUAGGGGCGGGCUAGAGGCGGGGCUAUGAUAACCCCCGAAGACCCCGGGUGCAGGGGCGGGGCUCCGAUUAGCCUUGUCCUCCUGCAUGCUCAGGACGUUCCCUAGACAGCGGUGCAGACUGGCCUUGAACUCACCAUUCUUCUGCCUCAGCCUAAGGAGUAGCUGGAGCAGCAGCCAAAGACAGACAAGUUCCCUCUUCCAGGUCACCCCUAGCCCUUGAAAGAAUGUAGGGAUCCCCACGAAGAGGUCCUGGGCACGGUACCCGGGACUUAGUGCACGCCAAGCAAGCUUUAUAACCAUAGAGCCCCAGCCUCAAAUACCCUGUUCAAAACAAACAAAAACCACUCCUGCAGCCAGGGUUUGUGGCGCAGGCCGGUCGUUCAGUGCUCUGGACGCAGGCGCAGGGCCGGUGCUCAAUGGCACUUGCUGUGAAGACCGACAACCCGAGUCCAGUGCCCAGAACCCACAUGGUGGAAGGGAGGACGGACUCCGCAAGUUGCUGACCUCUGCACGCUCAUGGUAACACGUGCACACCCUCCCCCCACACACAGAACAAAAAUACUAUUUUAAGUCUUGUGCAAAACAACAACCCAUAAACAAGAAAACAGAGGUGUGCAGAAGAGGAUCCGGAGCUCAAGGCCGUUUUUGGUUAUGUCGAGGGCUCUAGGUCGGCCUGGGCUACCAAGCCGCAGACGAGGAAGCCCGGGUCUUGCGCCGCUCCUCGGGACAGGCACCUCCCUCUGCAGAAGCGCCUGAGACCUGCAGGCCGAUGGCUUAGCCUUGCCUACCGCGCCCUCUGGCGGCCCGAAGGGGACGGUGCGCGCAAAUGAGACGUCCAGCGCGCCCACGGGGCUGGCGGCCUGGCUUUCUGGGGCAAGAAUCUGACAAGAUAAAGGAAGAAGGCUACGAACCGGAGGAGUCGUGACCCCGCAAGCAGUCCAUCCGCCUCUGUUCUCAACUUGGAGUAGUGGGGGAAACUGAGGCUCAAGACUGAAUAAGGAUGCCUGCUGGCCACCAAGCCUGACUGCCUGGAUUCGAUCCUGGGUACCCACGUGGGGCAAGGAAAGGGCCUACUCCUACAAGCUGUCCUUAAAUUACUGUGAUUAUGAUUUUGUUUUUCAAGACAGGGUUUCUCUGUGUAGCCCUGGCUAUCCUGGAACUCACUGGUCUCGAAUUCUAGGGCUAGGAUUAAAGGCAUGCACCGUCACAACCUGGCUGGAAUGCUAAAAUACUAAUUAAAAAAGAA